GGGUGAAAGAGAACAUAGGAAUCAACGUGGAACACUGAAAAGAGCUGUGGAAGACUUAAUUGCCUAUGUUCUGAGCUGCCCUCUCACUGGGGAAUGGAAAACCGCACCUACAAUGACCACAUUCUCCUCCUGGAGGGGUUAAAGGUCCCUCAACAGUCCACGUACCCUGCCUUCACCCUCCUCCUCAUCACCUACAUCUUUAUCAUGGUGGCCAACAUCGGACUCAUAGCAUUGAUCUCCAUGGAGAGGAGCCUGCACCAGCCCAUGUACAUCCUCUUCUGCAACCUGCCACUUAAUGACAUAGUCGGGGCUACAGUGAUGAUACCUCGUCUGUUAUGGGACAUUUUGACCACAGCUCCUGAGCGAUAUAUCACUUACACGGAGUGUGUCAUUCAGGCUUUCUGUGCUCAUUUAUUUGGUACCACAUCACACACCAUUCUCAUGAUCAUGGCCUUUGACAGGUAUGUGGCCAUCUGCAACCCCCUGCGGUACGCUACCAUCAUGACAAACAAAAUGGUUAUCAGGUUGUCUAUGUCUGCCUGGGGGGUGGCCAUAGUCUUAGUGGGGAUUUUGCUGGGCCUCACCAUCCGCCUGUCACGCUGCAGGUCUAACAUAUUUAACCCUUACUGCGACAACGCCUCCUUAUUCAAGCUCUCCUGUGAGAGUGUGCUUAUAAAUAACAUAUAUGGCUUAAUCUUUACUGUUGUGCUGUUUGUCUCGUCCAUAGGCAGCAUCAGUCUCACCUAUCUCAAGAUCGCCAAUGUAUGUCUGAGCAGUAAAAACAGCUCUUUAAACAGCAAGGCCCUGACAACCUGCAGCACACACUUAAUAGUCUACAUCAUUGUGAUUGGAUUUGGAGUCACCAUUAUCAUCCUCCAUCGCUUCCCAAAAUAUGCAGAACUUGGCCAAAUGUGUAGUGUGCUGUUCCCCGUGAUCCCUACUUGUCUCAACCCCAUAAUAUAUGGUUUACAGACUAAAGAGAUUAAACAGAGGAUCUUUAGAGUGUUUCACAGAGCCAAGGUGGCUGCAUGAUGUUGUGUUAAAUCUUUAACAAAAAUAUAUGAUAUACAGUGCCUUCAGAGAGUAUUCACAUCCCUUGACUUUUUCCACAUU